AUGGCGAGCAACGCCCAUGAUGAACAGCACCAUGCCUUCCAUGGUCGCAGCGGUCUUGUUCUCGGCAUCACCAUCUUGAUGUGGGCAUUGUCCACGGUUUUCGUCAUCGGCCGUUUCAUUUCCCGUGGUGCAAUCGUAAAGCGCAUUCUGCGAGAUGACUAUAUCAUUGGCCUGGCUUGGACCAUUGCGACAGGGCUAUCGAUCGGAGUAUGUCUUGCCGCUGCGAACGGCUUGGGACGGCAUGAGAGAAAUGUUCCUUCAGAUUGGACACGGACUCUGCGGAAGGCGAUCUACGCCGUCAGCAUCAUGUAUCAACCUGCGCUCAUGACAACCAAGACAUCCAUCCUGAUGUUCUAUCUGAGUCUCUCCGCAGCGGAUCGAACCUUCAGGUGGGCUUGCAUCGCAACCCUGGUGGUUGUGAAUGCGGGUGGUUUCGCGCUCACCAUGGGAACAAUCUUUCAAUGUCGUCCCAUUUCAGCAGUGUUUGACUUGGUGGUGCCAGCCGGUGCACAAUGUACGGACGUCUUGACAAUAUAUCUGGCGUCUGUACCGCUCAACCUCAUUACGGAUCUAGCGCUACUGCUCCUGCCAAUGCCAAUUAUUACAGCUAUGCGUCUGCCACGAAAGCAAAAGAUCAUCCUCGUGGUGACAUUCAGUGCAGGUCUGUUCGUGGCGAUUGUGGACGUUGUCAGGAUCUCGUAUCUACAAGACGCAUCGGAGGCUCGACUAGCUGCGAUUCAAAGACUGAACGGACAACCAUCGGAUAUUGCGGCGGACGAGAUGAUCGACUCGUCCUGGUUCUUGUCCUAUACAUACCUUUGGACAGCAAUCGAGGUGCAUGUCGGAAUCAUGUGCGCUUGUGUGCCAGCGCUCAAGCCACUUGUCGCACGCUUCCUACCAUCAAUGCUCAAGGAUCCGGGCGAGACUACGCGAGCGGCCUCGCCAAUGGAGAAGUCUGACCCGGUCGACAUCAAUCGCCCUCCAGAUAUGAGCCCUCGCGUGGAGUACCCAGAGGAUGUCCAUCCCCGCGACUUUGGUGGCUCGCUUGAUUCAGGUGUCGGUGGACCAAUGGACAUGAUCGAUUUUCUGACGACGCCAGACAUGAACGAGAGUCAGGUAAUUCAGCGUACAACAACGGCCAUCACGAACACUUCUCGCGACACGGCUCCACCUGGGUCAGCAACAUUUUUUGACUUUGUCAAUGUUAAGCGCCAUAAGAGUAUGGUACAAAUGACCCACCGCGAGUCGAUUUUUCCAAUCUCAAUGGUCACUUUGCUAUUCUUCAUCUGGGGUUUCGAAUAUGGUCUGCUUAACGUACUCAACCGACAAUUCCAAAUUGUCGCCAACGUCACUUCAAGUCAGACGGUCGGCAUCCACAGCGCCUACUUUGCCGGAUACUUUGUUGGGCCUUGGACAGUUGGCCGCCUCGUUUUGAAACAUUGGGGGUUUCGAUCAUGUUUCCCAAUCGGCAUGUUCAUUUAUGCUGCAGGCCUACUCAUAUUUUGGCCUGCGGCCGUUCUGACGUCCUGGCCAACAUUUGUGGUGACUAAUUUUAUCGUUGGCUUUGGCCUUUCCAUCCUCGAAACGGCAUGCAACCCAUUCAUCAUGCUUUGUGGACCUCCCGGAUAUGGUGAGAUUCGUUUGAACAUCAGUCAGGGUCUCCAAGCUAUCGGCAGUAUCGUUGCGCCUUUGAUCGCAGAAAAGGCAUUCCUCGGUCGGAUCGAUGAUGCUCCUUCUUUAGUCAACACUCAGUGGGCUUAUCUCGGCAUGUCUCUAGCUACAGUGAUUCUGGGAAUGAUCUACGUUUACGUCCCUUUGCCUGGUGCAACGGAUGCAGAGCUAGCUGAUGCUGAUGAGAGGGCCGAUGGUGCUAACGAGGCUACCGUUCCAUUUGGUGGUCAACGGAGACUACCAAUAAUCUGGAUUGCCCUCGGGUUGGCAGUCUUUAGUCAAUUCUGUUACGUCGGCGGACAAGAGGUCAACGCCACUAUCUUCUCCACCUACUUCACAGACGUCAUCUAUCCUGACUCGCCAGCAUUGUCAUUGAGUGUAUCGACCUACUCUGCCAUUGCGCAUACAGCAUUCGCUGUCUCACGAUUCGUGGCUGCCGGAUUGGGCUUCUUCAUCAAGCCUCGAUACUUAUUGGCAUUCUUCUCCGUUGGUGCCGUCGUCUUUACAGCUUUGAGUAUGCACUUCACAGGCGACACAGCCAUCGCGUGCUUCAUCAUGGUCUACUUCAUGGAGGGCCCCAUUUUCGCCCUGAUAUUUGCUCAAGGCUUGCGUGGCAUGGGACGACACACCCGUCUUGCCAGCGUAAUGCUCACGUCCGCUAUUGGUGGCGGAGCGGUGUUCUCGCCGAUUUCCAGUGCACUCGUCACUGGAGGCCGAUCAGCAUCAUCUGCAUUGGUCGUCGGAGCUGCGGUAUUUGCCGCAGGCUGUAUCUAUCCGUUCGCAUUGUCUUUGCUGCCCAAGCUCAGCAAGAUCGUCGACUAUCCCAAGGCGGACAAUGUUACUGGAUCACGUCUAUCGGCGUCAUCGCUGUCGUCAAGACCUAGCGCGAUGCGUAAAUUUGAAAGUGGACAUCGUCGACGGCGCAUACUCGGAUUGGGAAUAGUGACUGAUGAAGGUGGGAAACCUCAGCGAAGCCCAGACGCUGAGCACCGCGAAAGAAGCGCGGCUGAAUGA